AUGACAUACAAGUUUACUUCAGAUAUAAGACAAAGUUAUGCCUACAUAGUUCCUGGAAAGUUUAAAGGUGGUUAUGAUCCUAACAGAAAUUAUCUUGAAAACAGAACUAAAACAGCUAUUGCUUUUAUAAGUAAUUGUAAACGUCCUCGUUUACGUGCAGCAAGAAAAUUAAAGAAAUACAUUGAUGUUGAUAUCUAUGGUAAAUGUGGAAAGCGAUGUAAACCAAACUGCUUCUCUUUGUUACCAAAAUACAAGUUUUAUUUGGCUUUUGAGAAUGCUGUAUGUGAAGACUAUAUUACAGAAAAAACAUACAGAAAUGCCUUCACUAAUGAUAUAGUUCCAGUAAUAAUAUCAGGAGCAAACUUAUCAAAUCCUGAAGUCGUUCCUCCCAAUUCUUCCAUUAAUGGACUUGAUUUUAAGAGAGCUGUUGAUCUGGCUGAUUACCUCAAAAAAAUUGGUAGUGAUCCGCAACUUUAUAACAGAUUCUUCAAAUGGAGAGAUGAGUGGUCUAUAAUAGAUGGUGGUACCUAUCGUGUACCUUGUGAUGUGUGUAACAAGCUGUAUGAGCCUAUGCAAUAUUUCCACCACCCAGCUGUUACUUUUGGCAGAAAUUCCUUUCAUGUCAACUGUGCUCUGUCCCAAUUGGAUGACUUCUUGUUAGAUCUGGAGUGGGGUGGUUUAGAUUUGGAGGAACCUAAAGAGGCACAAUGA